AUACCUAAUAGAUAUGUUUUUCUUUAAAUAGAUCGAAGUUAUUUAAUUUAACAAUUCAAGACAUAAUUUCACUGAUACUUGCGCCAUCUCUUAAAAAUGUAUGAUUAAAUGUGAACAGAAUUACUCAUAUUAAAAUUGGAAUAGAUUUUUUUUAUUGUGAUUUAUCGAAAAGUGCUGUGAUUAAUUUUAUAAUCCUUUUAUAGAAAAAAAUUCGUUUAAAGAUGAUGCAAUUUAUGCUAUUAUUUAGCCGUCAAGGAAAAUUACGUUUACAAAAAUGGUAUGUGGCUCAUCCUGAUAAAUUAAAGAAAAAAAUUACACGAGAAUUAAUUACUACAAUAUUGGCACGAAAACCAAAAAUGUCAAGUUUUUUAGAAUGGAAAGAUGUUAAGGUUGUCUAUAAAAGAUAUGCUAGUUUAUAUUUCUGUUGUGCAAUAGAACAAAAUGAUAAUGAAUUAUUAACAUUAGAAAUUAUACAUCGUUAUGUUGAAUUAUUAGAUAAAUAUUUUGGAAGUGUUUGUGAAUUAGAUAUAAUUUUCAAUUUUGAGAAAGCAUACUUCAUCUUAGAUGAAUUAUUGGUUGGUGGUGAAAUUCAAGAAACUAGCAAAAAAAAUGUCCUAAAAGCCAUAGCAGCUCAGGAUUUACUACAGGAGCUUUGUGUAUCCAUACAAGUAUAUACUCAGUUAUAUGAAAAGGGUUCAGUUCAUCAUUUGAAGCUGCAUCAAGGAGAUUACUUAAUUACGAACUAGGAGGAAACUCCACAAGGUUUUUUUGAAGAUCAUGGUCUGGGAUAAUAUUUUCUAAACAAUAUAUCCAGUUUAAUGUAAGUGGUGUAUUCUUACAACACUGCUUCAACAUUCCAGAAUUUUAUUUACAAUAAACUUUAUCAAUUAGAUUUAAAUGUAUGGUACUGCAAAAAUAAAUUUAAAUUAUGUUUUAAUUAAAAUCAUAUUUUUAUUAUAAAAUUUUAUUUAAAUGUA